UUCUGUUUCUUUUCGAGCCACACUCUCACUCUUUCCCAUAGACACGGACACGCGUUUGCUGAGUGAGCAAGCAAACAAGAAGAAGAAGCAGCAGCAGCAUGGGAGCUUGCUGCAACGGCGAUGUUUCGUCGUUGCCUCACUCAUACGACGCCGUUUCCGCCCGCGAUCUCAGGCCCUCCAAGCAUGUCCACGACAAUCUCCAUGGCAACAUUUACCUUGAUAACCUCAGUUUGAAGUUCAUUGACACUGAGCAGUUUCAGAGGCUUCGCGAAUUGAAACAACUCGGUUUGGCAAAUAUGGUCUAUCCAGGUGCUGUCCAUUCUAGAUUUGAGCAUUCUCUUGGCGUGUAUUGGCUUGCUGGUCAAUCCAUUGAAAUGCUUAAAAAUUUUCAAGGCUUGGAACUUGGUAUUAAUAGAUUUGAUAUGCAAACAGUUAAACUAGCAGGACUUCUGCAUGAUAUUGGGCAUGGGCCUUUCAGUCACUUAUUUGAACGUGAAUUUCUUCCCAAAGUUACUAAUGGUUCUCAGUGGUCACAUGAACAAAUGUCAGUCAAUAUGGUAGAUUAUAUUGUUAAUGAACAUCACAUUGAUGUUGAUCCUGAGAUGAUAAAAAGAGUCAAGGAGAUGAUACUAGCAAGCUCUGAAUUUACUCUUCCCCGAAGCUCAACUGAGAAAGGUUUCUUGUAUGAUAUUGUUGCAAAUGGUCGAAAUGGAAUUGAUGUUGACAAAUUUGAUUAUAUUGCCCGUGAUUGUCGAGCUUGUGGUCUGGGUUGCAACUUUGAAUUUCAGAGAUUAUUGGAGACCAUGCGGGUUUUGGAUGAUGAGAUUUGCUAUCGUGCAAAGGAAUAUUUGAGCAUCCAUAAGUUAUUUUCCACUCGAGCUGAUCUGUACAGAACAGUUUAUACUCAUCCAAAAGUAAAGGCAAUAGAACUUAUGGUGGUUGAUGCACUUGUUCAAGCAAAUGAUUAUUUGGAGAUCUCAUCUCACAUUUUGAAUCCUUCUGAGUACUGGAAGCUGGAUGACACAAUAAUUAAAACAAUUGAGACAGCACCUAGUCAGGAACUAAAGGAAUCUAGAGAGUUGAUCCUGCGCAUUCGAAGAAGGAAUCUGUACCAGUUCUGUAAUGAGUAUGCUGUACCAAAGGAUAUGGUGGAAAACUUUAAGAAGGUCACUGCCCAAGAUAUUGUUUGUUCCCAGAAGAGUGGCGGAGGUACACUCAGAGAGGAGGACGUCGCUGUUUCUAAUGUAAAAAUUGAUUUAACUCGUGGGAAACAUAAUCCUCUUGAAAGCAUUAACUUCUUCAAGGAUUAUGAUAGUGAUGAGAAAUUUACAAUUUCCAAUGACCGCGUAAGCCACCUGCUGCCAACAACAUAUCAAGAUAUGAUAGUUCGGGUGUAUGCCAAAAAGCCAGAAUUGGUGGAAGCUAUUUCAGAUGCUUUUGAAAACUUUCAGUUAAGAACAUAUGGGAUCAAAGCACAAGUACACUCAACACCAGAGAAGAAGAAACGUCGAUACACUGCAUGUAUAUGAGAGAGAAGGAGGAAAAGACAAAAAAAUACAGCAGCAACAACAACAAAAGAAUGACCAUAAGGAAAAAACACGUGAAGAAGAAGGAGCGCGAAAAAGGAGGAGAAUGAGGAACGCGAAGAAGAAAGCGAAGAAGAAGAAGAAGACGCUCUGUGCGUAAACGAGCGUGAGAAGAAGCGCGGGAGAAGAAGAAGAAGCGUGGGGGGAAGAAGCAUUGAGCGAUUUCGUGUGUAUUGGACGCGUGUAUUUCACAUUUCAUUUAAUGGUAUUGGACUUUUUUGGUGUUGGGUCAAUUUGGUUACAUGGUUACAUGGAUGUGUAGCAUCCAUAGAUUUAUAUAGUAAGAACUUCGAAACUAAUAAAAGUUG